GUUGAGCCAGGAGGUUCCUUGGUACAAUUUGAGCAAGGAUCUAAGUCUUAUCUUAGCAUUGAUUUACAACGACAAACCUCACAAGAACAAAAGGCUCAUAAUCGCUUGUUCCAAAUUGAAGCCGAGUUGUCAGAUAUUAAAUCAUAUUUGUUUAAGAAAAGAAGGCAUUCACUGGCUGCAUAUCAGACACCAUUCCUUCACCUCAGGCACUAUCCUCUACAAAUCAAGGAUUUACAACUGAGGAACAGUGGGAUGAAUUGAACAAACAUAUGGAAAAAUUUCUCAGAAAAACAUCAAUGUCAACGACCCAAAAUAUCUAUAAUCUGACAGACCAAAUUGAAACCAUUCACGAAAACCUGAAAAAUCUCUCAAUCAACAUUAAAUCAUUGGAAACAGCAAAAGGGUUUUUAGAACAAAAUACACAACAGUUGUGGAAAGAAAUAAAGCAUCUCCAGGAAAUGGUAUCAGUUGAUGAUGAUGUUCUAAACCGUUUAACAGUUGCAGAAAGGAAAUUGGAUUUGAAACUUGAACGUUUGGAGGAGAGCAUUAAGUUAAUGCACACUGAUAAUAAGAGCCUGAAGAAUGCUAUAUCUAAUAUUGAACUUGAAAAAUUCAGCAAAUCUAACACAACAAUGACUGAUCGGGAACCAUCUAGGGUAAAAGCCAUUUCUACAAAUGAAGUAAAUGAGGCAACCAAGGAACUCGAGAAACGUCUUGAAGAACAGAAAAAAUAUUUUACUAACCAACUGCAGUAUUUCAACCAACUGUUAAGUUCAAAAUCUGACCGUUGGGAAUUGGAAUGGUUUCAAAUAUGGUUGGAAAAAUCUCUGAAAACCCACUUAAAAAACAGUAAAAAAUCCAGGGAAUAUGAAAUGGAUGAAACCAUAGUAGUAAAGAGAAGAUUGAAUCCUGAAACGUGUUUAUCAUGCAAUAAACCAGUAGUGAAAAAACUUCAAUUUGAAGACUCUUUAGGAAAAAGUUCUGGUCCACAAGUUCUGAAAGGAAAACAGAUGUUAGCAAAAAAAAAUGCGGAGAAACGUGCAGACUCCGCAUUGUGUACUUCACAUACAGAUGCAUAUCAUCAUCGGAAACAGCACGUAAGAAAAUAUUGGGGAAAAAGAAACACUGUUUUGAAUUCUAACAUCAUACAACAUGAAAUUUGGCUGGAAGGAACCGAUGGCCGAUUCUACAAAGGAAGUGAUGAUUAUUCGAUAACCAUAAAUCCCAGAAUUUAUAGAAAGAAAGAACCUAGUCCUCAACGGAAAGAGAAAGUAGCGUUUGUUAAAACACCAGAGAUUAAUGAAAGUAAUGUAUCAUCCAGCACUGUUAGCAAAACGGUUCAUAUAGAAAAAAGUUCAAGUUCAACUCAACAAAUCAAAGAUGGUUUGUGUUUAUAUGACAACCUUCAAGUUCCUUCUCCUACAAAAAAAUCACAGUCUUUGACUACUGUGGCUGAAUUCAAUGAUAAUACUGAAGAAAAACCAGGGAAGGCAACUAUUUAUGCUUCUGCUUCACGAAUCGAGAGUGUUCAGAUGUUAGCCUCAGAUAGCUUUAAGGAUUUUGUUCCUGUCAAAAAAGCGGAUGGAGUAGGGGAAAAUUGAGGACCAAUUCUUUUAUGGUUUCAGAACAUAGUUGGCAUCAUAAUGUCAAUAAUUGUACUCCUCAAUGAAACUAAAAUUAAAUAUAAUGAUGAUGUCAGAGAAAUUAAUAAAAUUUAACAUUAAGAAAUU